CCUGCCCCUCAAAAGAUGCCAUCCAUGAGGAAUGGAAAUGACAUAAAUCAGGAUGUGAAAAACAGCAGCACAGGAAACCAACACACAGCCCGUAUCAUUAGCUGGGAUGUUUUGCAUUCAAGAGGAGCUUGUCAGAAAAUACUCCCUGCUGCAAGGGAUGCCCCUGCAUAUGGGGCAGCUUGGGUCCAUUAUAAAAGCCAGCCCAGCUCCUUGCCUUCUCAUUCCCUUCUCUCACCUCCUUCUUCUUGGGAACCAGGUGAGCGUGUACCUCCAGCCUCAAGACAUGUCCUGCUGUGACCAGUGCCAGCCAUGCCGGCCCUGUGGCCCCACCCCUCUGGCCAGCAGCUGCAAUGAGCCCUGUGUCAGGCAGUGCCAGAACUCCACCAUUGUCAUCCAGCCCUCUCCCGUGGUGGUGACCCUGCCCGGACCCAUCCUCAGCUCCUUCCCACAGAACACCGCCGUGGGAUCCUCCACCUCUGCUGCUGUUGGCAGCAUCCUCAGCUGUCAGGGAGUGCCCAUCACCUCGGGGGGCCUUGACCUCUCCUGCAUUUCCAGCCGCUACUGUGGCAGAAGGUGCAACCCCUGCUAA